UGAAGAAGAGAGUUGUGAAAGGUCUUUCAUAAAGUAAAGCAAGUUCGCGGGUGGGCCAUGGGUUGAGCCAUGAGAAACACAACCAGGAUGCAACGAUCUUUGGUGUACAUCUCCUCAGGCUAAAAUAAUGCACGCUGCAUUCUUGACAUGAGCUUGUUGGUUUCGGCCGCUGUCAUUAAUGAAAAUGACAACAGGUUGUGAAAGUACGGAUUCCCGUGCCGGAUGCGCCGGCCAGGGCGAAGUGCAAGCCGACUGCCAGGAAGCCAGCGCAGCCGGCUCAAUCGCUCGUCCAAAAAACUGUUUGGACUGCAUUUGCUGUCCGCGUGUACGUGUGCAACGGUUGGUUGCUGACAAUGGCACUCCGAGUGCACUGCAAAAUAGCUUCUGUAGCUGCUCUCACUCUCAGCGCAAGCGUCGAAGCCCGUCGUCGUGUUUCGAUGGUAAUGGCUCCAGCCAGAAGGUGAGAAGCGGCUCUCAGUUUGAGGACGGGAAGCGAUGAUGGCGGCUGUGCACAUGGCAGCGCUGUCGCUCCUGCGCUUUGUAGCAAGCCGGAGAAGAAGAAGAAAUGAGCUGAUUCGGAUCAUUCCCGUUGUUUUUCGGCUACUUUUUCUCAGUAUUUGUGGUGUCCUCAUAAUUCAAGGUAAAGAAUUAGCGCUUUCCAUAAACGAGGAAGACAGAUCUGAAAUCGAAAGGCAGAGGAGCGUGACCGAAAGUGAGCACUUAGUUGACGAGUGGUCGAAUGAAGGACGGCCCCGCUCAUCUUUUCGCUUUCAGGGAACGUUUUCGCGAGAAGACCAUGGCGAGACAGGUGAGCCACGUUUGCACGCUCAUGGCAAUGGACGGCCAAGCAGCAGCAGCCUGUAUGAUCCGGAGCAGCCUUUUCAUCUGCUGGCCGACCUGAAGCCGCUCAGCCAGCUCUACCCCGACGUCCUCAAGCAACCCAAGCAGGACGAGAUGGAUAUCAACCAAGAGUAUGACUCAAUCAAGUCACUGUAUCAAGGAGACAUCCAGCUGCCACCCGAAGACGAACAGCAAGAACCUGAGCCCCAGGCCCGCAACGCUCAAGUGUCUGGCGGUAGUGUAGCACGUUAUCGCCGUGCCUCUACAAGCACCUAUGAACGACUGUGGUCCAAUGGCAUAAUCCCCUUCUCCAUCCACUCCUCAAUACAACAUGACGAGGAGCGAAUGUUUGCCGUCAGAGCCGCAAUAUACAGCUGGGAGGGAAGCACCUGUCUGAAGUUCGUCCCUAGGCUCGCCGAGCCCGACUUCAUAGAGUUCAGGAACGAGGAUGGAUGCUGGUCGUACAUUGGUCGCCGAGGCGGCCGGCAGAUUCUCUCGAUCGGCGAGCGCUGCGCGCGUGUGGGCAUCAUGAUCCACGAGAUUGGCCACGCGCUCGGGCUGUGGCACGAGCACAGCAGACCGGAUCGCGACCGGCACAUCCGCAUCCGCUGGGAGAACGUUGCCGCCGGCCGCUGGAAGAACUUUGCCAAGUCACAUCCGGACAUGAUCAACAGCCUGGGCACUCCGUACGACGUCACCUCCAUCAUGCACUACGGGCCCAGGUCGUUUGGCCGGCGCAAUCUCGACGGCUACAAGAUGACAACGAUUCAGCUGGUCGACGCUGGGCAGACCGGCGGUGAUCGCAUGGGCCAGCGCAUAGCACUGAGCGCUGUGGACAUUCUUCAGAUGAACCGGCUCUAUAGAUGCCACACAGAAGAUCAGACGACAUCAGCUCCUCAUCAGCGGCCGGCAGUGCUUCCAGUAACCGUGCAGCCGGUGUGCCACAACGGCGGAACCUGGUCAGACGGUGGCUGCCUGUGCCCACGGCGAUUCACUGGCGGAGCUUGCGAGACACUUCGCAAGCCACGAUCGUGUGAAGAUCACAGCGAGAUCUUUGGAAACGUUUCGGAUGGUUUCUACAACAUCACUGUCAGAGACUGCUCCACACCAUUACAGGUCUACUGCCUCGGCAUGAACAGCAGCCAACCGAUGACAUUCCUGGUGCCGUCGCGCGACUCUCACUCGUACUCGCACUUCUACGGCCCGCGCACUCUCCUCGGACGGGCCGAGGCUAACUGCUCGGGCCCGCUGCGCAGGGACGAGUGGAAGCGGAAGGGAGUGACGCUCUUCUUCAGGAUGCGACUGAACACGACGAGCAUGUCGAUCGUGCAGAGCGACCACACGUUCACCUACAGCCACGGCGUCGCGCACCCGCUCGGCUGGGCCGGCGACUGCUACUCGCGCUCGCCACACUGCCCUCGCGGCUCCCUCCGCAUCAACCUGAGUGGCAGCGGCAUGCAGUUCGACGGCCGCCCACCGUGGCGGCUACGCGGCCAGGCGGUGGGCCACGCCGUCAUAGACUUGCUGUCGCCGUGGCUGCUGACGGGAAAGUGCGGCGGCUGGUGUGGCCAGUGUCGGCUCUAUGAUAUCCGUGUCAAGCCCGACCUUUGCUGAACACCGGAGAAUAUCUAUCACAAAACAAUUUCUGAGAUUUAAUUCUAUAUUUGAAGUGGUCGCUCUUUUCUGCUGUGCUUUCUCACUUUCUUCUUCCUUUCUCGAUCAUUCUCGCUUGGCACACCAUUCCGUUUUGUCAUGGUUGUCUUUCACCGUUUAUCUCAAAACAAUUAUUGGUAGUCAACUGACAUACCAGGAGAUGUAUAUAUACUUCAAGGUACACACGGGUAGAGUUGUUACGGCAGUUACAGCAGAAACGCUUUGAUUCCUUCUUUCAAGUGUGUGUACUUCAAAGUAGACAAUACAGUACUAGUGACAUACUCUGUACUCUGUACUCCGUAAACCUCAUUUGUGCCGCUUGC